CUGGCCUAACAUAAUUUAUCGAUGAAUCAGAGCAUAGAAAGGAACAGAACGUCAAUGGCAGAGAGUGAUGAGGAAUAUCGUAGCCAUCGGAGGAAUAAGUUUGACCAUGAGAGGGGCGACUACGGUCCUUCUCGGGAGAGGGAGUUUCUGCGGAGAGACCACCACAAAGACAGAAGCCGGGAGCGGAACCGGAAGGAGCAGCGACGGCAUGAGAAGAGUCGUAGCCACCGCAAGAAAGGUCACCGACACCAUGAGCGGGGUCACAGAGAGCGGGACCACAGCUACUACGAGAAGAGCAGGCGGCCCUCUCCUCCUGAGCAGGACACAGGGUUCCAUCCGCCGCCUAGACGCAUGAGAACAGACUGGGGGGAUGUCGGUGGGGAACCUUGCCAGAGAGGGGGUGAUUUUAGGGACAAGCUUGAAGACAGGGGGACCCCUUGGGGCCAGAAGCUUCUUCCAGGCUGCAGAGCCAUGAUUUUGAGGAAAGCUUGA